GCAUAUUGUAGAAAGCAAAACUGGUCGUCUUGGUAGUAAACCUAUACUGACUGUGAGCAAAUCUUAUUUUAUUUCCUUUUACCUAUUGGAAAUGGACUUACACAGGCAACACAUUCAUGAUUUAAAUGGAGUAGUUUAAAAGAAAACGUAUAUUUCAAUCCCACACAUAAUUUAAUAUAAAAAAACAUCUUUUAAGAACAAGGAUCUUGUUAACAUUCUAAAUAGUAUUGAAAAUAAGUACAAGCUAGUAAUAGAAACAUUAAUUAUGGCACAAUAUUAUAAUUCAUGUAUUACUUUAAUUAUUAUAGCGAGAAAUAAAAUAUCAAUGAUGCUUAAGCGAGGCUUUGAUUAAACAUUACUUCUAAUUGUAUGAUUGAAACGAAAGAUUAGAAUAUGCAAACAUUGGGAUAGGUGGUAAUAUAAAUCUGUUGUCUCUACUGAAAGUGAUCAGUUGUACAUUUUUUUAUAAUAAAGCAUACAACUUUUGCUUACUCUCAAAAAAAAUGUAAAAAAUAUUAUACGAUCAUAUCAAGUAUUUGAAAUGAAUAAAUAUUAUACUUUCUAUACAUUAUAGUAAAUUGCUUUAUCUACGUAUUCACAUUGACUAUUCUGUCACUGCAAGCCUAAAAACAUUUAAUAGUUUACUUGCAAUUUUUUUUAAUUAACACUAUUUUUAUCGAAACAAACUGGAAAACAAUUAAUUAAAUAUAAUGAAUUAACAGAGACUAACUUAGUAAAGGACACACUGUGUUAGUCUCUCGUCAUUUAGACACUUUUGGUGCAAUGGAGAAUUUUCAGUACUGGACACACUGAAUUGUCUCCUUCGUAUCAACCUCUGGCUUAUCAGUUUGUUUUAAAAAUGUGUGAUAUUUUGGUGCUUAUUGGCAUAAUAGUUUUUAUAUUGUUAAAAAUUCCAUUAGUGGACAUUUUCAUAGUUUACUUAUUUAUGUUAGUAAAUAUUUUAAGGAUAUUAAAAAAAUAACCUUGAAAUUCAACUAAUGAAUUUUCUGCUUGGAUUUUUGCUUAAGUUUGCUGAGGCCAUUAUUUUCCUUUGUUUUUUUUUUCUGUAAUGUCAGUAAUAAAUAUACUCUUUACAUGGAUAAUAAAAGGGUGGUAUAAAAGCAAAUAAAGUUUUAUAAUGAGCUAUAAAAGGCAUCAAUAAAUAAUUUUGAUAAAAUUAUAAAAGCUUUCUAUCAGAAUACUUUUAUUUUGUGAACGUUAAAAAUGACAUUUUCUAUAAAUUUUCAAACUUCUAUUGUAGGACAAACGCAUCUGUGGGUAUUUCUUUUUAGAAAGUAAAGUGUAAACUAGUAAACUAGUGAAUGAAGAUCAUAAUGAGCACAUAUUUCAAAAGAAAAGAAAUACACAAGGAAACAUGGAUAUCGCCAGAUAGAAAGACUAAAAACCAAAUAGACCACGUGCUCAUCGAGAAAGAAGAACAGCAAUGUAUAAAGAAGAUAAGAACAUACAGAGAACCAGACGCUGAUUUAGAUCAUUACAUGGUGGGCAUCAAAAUUAAGCAACUGAUACCAGAAAAUAAAAACAAAAUAAUAAAAAAAAAGAAAUGUAUACAUUAGCAAUUAGCGAUUAGCAACCAGGUAAGAGCAAGAAAUAUAGGAGGAAACAAUGGAAAGAGAACUAAAAAAGAUACAAAUAGAAGAGAAAACUGAGAACAAAUGGGAAAACAUAAAGCAAAUAAUGAACAAAGCAGCAAAAGAAUGUAAUAAAUAAGAGAAUAAAAAUAUGAAAGACUGGUUCGACAUAGAGUGCCAAAAAGAAAUAGAACUAAGAAAAUCAUUAAGGAUGGAAAUAAUCACGAAAGAAACAACAGAGACAAAGAAUAGAUAUAGGGAGCAAAGGCAAAAAGUAAAGAGGGUGCUGAGAGAAAAGAAGAGAAAACGCAUAGAUAAUAAGCUAAAAGAAAUAGAAGAGAAUUACAGAAAUAAAAAAAUACAAAACCUAUGUCGAGGUGCUAGAAAUGAAAAAAAAGGUUUCCAACAAAAUCCCAUAUUCGUUAAAAACAAAGCAGGAAAUAAUAUAUACGGGGAAGCAGAAAUAGUCGAAAGAUGGAAAGAGUAUUUUGAUGAAUUACUAAAUGGCAAUAAUAAGUCAAACCAAAGAGAAUGUAUGGAAGCAGAAGCAAGAAUCGAACACUUAGAAGACAUAGAAGAUAAUUCACCCAGCAAAAAACAAAUUGAGGAAAUCAUAAAAAAUCCGAAAAACCACAAAUCCCCUGGAAGCGCGAUAACAUAAUAGCAGAGAUGAUGAAAUAUGGUGGAAAACUGCUAAAUAAUUGGAUAUACAAGAUCAUAAAAGAGAUAUGGAUAAAAGAACUUUACAUCAGUUUAGGGAUGGACAAAAGUUAAAAGUAGAAGUAGAAGAAAGAUUAUCAUACGAAUUCGAAAUGGUAGAAAGAUUUACAUACCUAGGUUCAAUAAUAUCACGUAAACCUAACAUUAGGCGGUUUAUGGAUAAGAAGAUCAAAUGAUGAGUUAAUGAAAUUAUAUAAUCAACAUAACAUAAUAGGAGUCAUAAAGGCACAGAUACUAAGAUGGCGAGGUCACCUAGAAUGAAUGCCGAACACGAGGACUCCAAAAAUGGUACUAAACUACACUAUAACUUUAAAAAAGUGAAAAGGAAGGCCAAAAAAUAGAUGGAGAAUCAGAAGGUAGAAAGAGAUAUGGAAGAAAUUGGACUAGACGGCCAGAAAAGAAUAAUGAAUAACAGGAAGGAAUGGAGAAAUGUCACAUAUAGAGCCAGAGAAAAUCUCAGUACAUAAAGGAAAGCGAAAAUGAAGAAAGAACAAAAUUUUUAAGCCAUGGGCCUCUAAGGCCUUUAGUGCUAUUGUAUAUAUGUAUGGUCCAAUGAAUUUCACCCAAUAUUUUAUCCAAAUAGAUUUCUUACCGAAAUCAAACUCAGGACAGCGCAUUGUCGCUGUGAUCCUGUUAUUUUAAUCUGGCUUAUCCGCGAACUAAAAAUUGCUAGGCCAUUUUCAUUGGCCUUAAUUAAUAAUUUAAUCAAAAACAUUUAUUCAUUGUAAAUGUAUUAUAAAUAUUUUAUUUGUUUUUGUUAAAACGCUGUAUAAAAUAUUUGUUUAAAAUUUGCUUAUUACUGCAUUUUACAGAAACAGAAAACUUUUAGCAUAAAUAUAAUAUUUACAAUGGCCAUAGAAUAUCGCUUUAAGGCUUAAAGCUGGGGCUUACGAAAAGCACACAUAGCUUGUUUUUAAAACCUUCUCAAAACUUCACAACUUUAUGGCUUUACGUUAACUUUAUUAAAUUUAAUUUUAAAAAUAAUAAUUUUAUUUUGAUUGAUUAUGUAGACGCUGAACACUAUAUCAGCGGAGAAGAAUUCAACUAUAGUUUUUCCUCUGCCGAUUGAUAUGUUAACAUAUUUUGUUAAAGCCAAGGAAGCUGCUGGACACAACUUAAUAUAAGAUGCGCAAAAAUCGUUAUAUAUCAUUACCUUAAUAAUUUACUUAAGUAAAGUAAGGUGGAGAGUAUAUGUAGAAAGUUUAUACGAAUUUUGUCUCACUGGAAAAGUGUUACCACUAUUUAUGUCUCUCGCAAUUAGUAAGCUGUUAUCACUCCUCCACCUUAAAAUACUUUCAAAACAACCACAUGUAUAAUUAAGAAAUAUGUAUUGUACCUUUUAAGGUUUCUAAGGCACACAAAGAUUGAAGUUUAAAUAUUUAAAUGUACUUACUAAGUAUCUACACUAUAAGAGUAAUUUUUAAUGUCUUAGCACUUGUAAUACUCACUCAAAAAUAUGCGUAGGUUUGUCAUAUGUAAAAUGUAUUUUCUGAAAUAAAUGUUUUCAUUUU